AUGGGUGGCGAUGAAAAUACCAAAAAAUCAAGAUCUUCCACAGGAAAGCGUAAAUUCCAUCUGAAAUCCCGUUCCGGCUGUUCUACAUGUAAAAAAAGAAGAGUUAAAUGUGAUGAAACUAAACCCAUUUGCAAACGUUGUGAGAAAACGAAGAUAGCAUGUGGUUAUACCACUGAAGGAUACCCUCCAGAUGAUGUGAACUCAUUCGAUGACGCAAAUGAUGUUUCACCAUCCGGUCAAAAGAAGAGACGUUUAUCGUCAAUUGAUUCGACUGCUAAUCUGAUAUCAGAUAAUGAUGAUGGGGAGCAUCAGACCCUAUUAACACCACCGUCUACAGAUUUGGACUUAACUGCUGCCGAUAUUUCAGCUCAUGGAACGUCUUCAUUGUUAUCUGUUCCUUUGAUAGAUGUUAAUAAACAUCGUCAACAACGUACUCCAAAAUUGUCUCCUGUUUCAAGAAUACCUAGGGCCAGCUCACCUUCAAGGCAAAUUCUUGAUCGUCAAAAUGAUCAAGCCACAUCUGCGCCUACACCAAUUAAUCCUAUUAAUACUGCUGGAUCAGAAUCUAAAUCUUCCAAGUCUCAUUUGGAACCCUCAGAUUCAACAGCUUCUAAUAUCAACGACCCCCGAGCUCAAGGUUCAGGAGUUGGUGCUAACUCUGCUUCCUCUGCUGCCGCUGCUUCCGCUACCGCAGCCGCUACCGCAGCUGCUACUACAGCCACAGCCACUAAUGCUGCUUCUGCUGCAAUUGCCGGUAUACCUCAAAACAUUCUUUCGGCCUUUUCAUCUGGUCUUUUGAACAUCGGAAGUCUCAAUAAUAUUAAUUUAAGCCAUUUGGUCAACAAUCUUGCUAGCUCUGGCGCAGAUCUUGGAGGGUUAGCAUCCAUGUUUGCAAGUUCAGGUGCAGGUGGCAAUGAUAUACUAUCAAAUUUGUCAAACUUGAGCAACUUGGCAACUAUGGCACAAUUCCCAUUGGAUUUGUCUAAUAUUAUCGAUCAACCUGGUACUGAGUCAACUUUAGGUGGUGUUACAUCUACAUCUGCUAUAGAAGCUCAUCUUACUAAUGAUUCUCAAGGACCCCAUACUUCAGUUCAUUUAUCCGAUACUCCUAGCUUGGCUAAUGUUGCUUCAGCAUUUAUCAAUGGUGCGUCAAUCCCCUCAUCUAAUACUGAUCCUUCAAUUGAACCUAAAUUAGGACCAGGAUCGGCGGAAGCUAAUGCUUCGUCUACUGAACAAGGACCUUCAAGCAAUCCUGGUGGUCAACUAAACAUGAUGGAUCUUAGACUUAUGUUCCAUUACACUUCACAAGUUUCUCAAACGAUAACCGGUGCUGGUAUUUCUGAUACCAACAUUUGGAAUACGGAUAUACCCAUGCUAGCCUUUGACCAUCCUUUCCUCAUGCAUUCGCUCCUUGCCUUUAGUGCUACACAUCUUUCAAGAAGCGAGACAGGUUUAGAUCAUAUUAUUACGGCACAUCGUGGUGAUGCACUUAGGUUAUUGAGAGAGGCAGUUUUAGAUAUAAAUCCAGAAAAUACCGAUGCUUUGGUUGCUUCGGCAUUGAUAUUGAUUAUGGAUUCUCUUGCAAAUGCAAGUUUACCAAGCUCUACAUCGCCAAAGUCUUUGCCUGCUCUGGCUUGGAUUUUCCAUGUUAAAGGUGCAGCAACAAUUUUAACUGCCGUAUGGCCAUUAACUGAAUCUAGAUCAUCUUCUCCUGCUGAAGAUAUUUCCAUUGGUAGAGACGAUGGAUUCAUUGAUCAUUCCAGUCCUACUUUAGCUUCUCCUCAUACUAUAAAUAUGAUGAAGCAAGUACCUGGAAUGCCUGAAACAACAGUAGUCGAGGUUCAAGAACAGAAGAAGUUUUACACUGAUUUGGAAUGUCAUGACAGUGAAAUUGCUGAUCUUUUCCCAGUGGAAAUUAAUUCACCAUACUUGAUUACCCUUGCAUAUUUGAAUAAACUUCACAAGGAAAGAUACAAAUCAGAUUUUAUUUUACGGAUUUUUGCAUUCCCUGCAUUAUUAGAAAAGCAAUUUAUGUCGCUUUUAAUGAUGGGAGAUGUGAAAGCCAUGAGAAUUAUGAGAUCAUACUAUAAAUUAUUAAGGUCAUUCACUACAGAAAUGAAGGACAAGGUUUGGUUCUUAGAAGGAGUUAGUCUGGUACUUCCUGUGGAUGUCGAAGAAUAUGCUGGUGGUGCUGGUGGGAUGUAUAUGAUGUUGGAUUUCCUUGGAGGAGGUCCUGUAAUUAUUGAAAAUGAUGAUGAAAUGGCUGAUGAAUUACACAAAUUUGAUCCUAGUGGAGUAUUGACCAAGAAUUUGGAAGAUACUGAUAAUUUACCUAGUGAGAUCACCAGUAAUUUAGAGGUUAUGCAGGGAGAUAGUGGUUUAAUGAAUUUCAAAUAA